AUGUCCAACUCAAAUGGGGCCUCGGGCGGGCAGUCAUAUUUCGAAGAGCAGCGAUCACUUCUAGUACAAGAUGUAGCCGCAGGCCUCGAGAAUGUGCUACAGAACCUCAACAAGCUCAACCGGAGUCUGGAAGGCGUAAUCGCGGUUGGCAACGAGUUUAGUCAAGUCGAAGGUCUAUGGUCGCAAUUCGAGAACGUCAUGGCGAAAGAGCCUGAGAAGGAGGAAAACAAAGAUGCUGCGAAAGAGGGAGCAGUAGAGGGAUCAUGA